AUGUCGAGAUAUUCGUUUUCGAAGGAUGUUCAGUUUGUGAUAUGCGGAGUACCAUUCAAUUUGAACAGGGAUCUUCUUGCUGCAAGAUCAUCAAAACUUUGCAGGUUGUUUAAAGAAAAUCCUGAUGAAGAUCUUUCUCAUCUUCUUUGUGAUAUCCCUACUACCCCUGAAAUUUUUGAGCUAAUUGCAAGAUUCUGCUAUGGUUUUAACGUCAAUUUCACCCCAGAAAACAUCAUCCCAAUUUCUUGUUUGGCUUGUUAUUUGGGCAUGACAGAAACCCACAGCCCAAAAAAUCUCUUGAAUGAGGCUCUAUAUUUCUAUGAACACGAAAUCAUCACCAGCUGGAAUGAAUCACUAAGAUCGUUAAAAGCUGCUGAGAAUCCGGUCGUUCUUCAACAAGCAGCAAAACUCGGUUUGAUUGAUGCUUGUGUGGAUUCAAUCAUCUCGAAAGCUAUUGAUAAUCCGCUUCUAAUCGGAGAACGAAUCAAGAAUCCCGCUCUUGAUGAUGAAGACGAUGAUAGUGAUGAGUUCAAUGGCAAUGUUUUCAAGCCAAAUGCUAGGCGGAAGCUCUUUGUUCUUGAUUGGAAAAAGUCGGAGGAUUUGAGUUUGACCUCACUUCAUCUUCAGUUUUACGAGCUUAUAAUUCGAGGGAUGAUUCAAUGUAAAGUGGGUUCGAACUACAUUGCCUCAUCUCUAUAUCAGUAUGCGAAAAAAUGGGUGUUUUUUGAACCAAAAGAAACAGAUGAAGAAUCGUCGUCUUCUGAAGGUGUUUGUUCAAACUCGAGAAAAGACACGAUUGAAGCUAUCGAAAGACUUUUGCCCCAUGAUCGAGGGCUCCUUCCGUGUGCGUUACUAUGCGAAAUGCUUCAAUACGCAAUGGUUUUAGAAGCUAAUGCAGGCUGCACAGAAGGGUUCGAGGUGAGGAUCGGGAGACAAUUAGAUUUGGCAACGGUUAACGACUUGCUAAUACCAUCUCAAGGUUAUUCUAAAGAAGAAAAGUAUGAUACCGGGUGUUUUCGAAGAAUCUUGAAGCAUUUCUACUCCAAUUUCACCGACCACGAUCAAUCCAGGCUCGUCAUCGUGGCUGAUCUCGUCGAGGAUUUCCUUGGGGAAGUAGCGAGUGACGUUGAUCUGAAAAAAGACUCCUUUAUUUCGCUUGCCGAAAUGUCUAAUGCUGUAUCCGGAGGAAUAGAGAGAAGCUCAGAUGGUAUAUAUAAAGCGAUCGACAUCUACUUAAACAAACACGGGUACUUAACAGAAUCCGAACGAGAAACGAUUUGUGGGGUUUUGGAUUGCAACAAGCUGUCACCAAAGGCCUGCGAGCACGCAGCACAAAACGACCGGCUGCCGGUCCGUGUGGUGGUUCAGGUGUUGUUUGUGGGACAGUUGCAGCUGCGGGAAACGAUCACGAAGGAGGUGGUGGCGGCCGCCGCCGCCGAGGACGGUACAAAAAAGUCAAAGUCAAUAGAAGACGAAGAAGACGAUGAGGAGGAGGAAGUGAAAGUAGAACUGGAGAGAAUGAGUUGUAAAGUAGUGGAGUUGGAGAAAGAAUGUCUUGUCAUGAGGAAGGAGAUCCAAAGAGGUUAUUGCAGAAAAACGAAGGAGAAAUCGAACGUUUGGAUGGAGAUGAAGCGGAAGCUCGGGUGUGUAUCGAGCUUAAACAACUGUAACUGUCAUGUGAAGAAAAAGAAGGUUUAUCCGAGGUAG